UAGAUGCAGGCUGGGGGCUGGCUGGUGAUUGUAAUCAUGCAGCUCACUCAGCUCAGAAACUGCAGCAGAUACAUGUAUGCAGCUGGACUCACUCUCACUGAAACCAGCUUCAUGAAGCAAGACAACGGAGCCACAACAAUUUAAGGGACAUAUUUACAAUUACUUUUUACAUUUUUUUGUUAGUUUCAUUGUGAGGAAUAUAGACAAAUGAUUUAUGAGCAGAUGGCGCCCACUCGGUUCAUGGCUGUGGGCAUUUUAUUAAUCGUUUUUCAGGCCUCAGCUUUAGAGACCACACAGGAGCCAAAAUGUGUACCUGGAUUCAAGUCAGAUGUGUUGAUCUUCAGAGUGACCAGAAAGCACCUGGGGCCGGGUACAAGGCUGGGCAGAGUGGGCUUCAAUGACUGCACAAACCGCACAAGAUUUCUUUUCAUCAGUAAUGACAGACGUUUCAUGGUCCAUCCAGAUGGGAUAUUGAUGGUAAAGAGAAUGGUUGCUCUUCUGGAAGGACACCAGGACUUCUUUAUCCACUCCUGGAACUUGCACUGUCCAAAAAUGACAGUCACAGUCGUGCACUAUGGGCGUCUCCAUGGACAAAACGAUGGUCAUCACCAUGGACAUCAUAGAGGGGAAAACCAUGGGCAUCACCAGCAAAAUGUUGAGCAUCACCUCGGAGAGCACAGACACCACAACAAUCAGCACCACUUGAAUGAAGUGGACUCUGCUAACAAUACAGAGAAUGCAACCACCCCAGAGGUGCCUGUUCUGAAUUUCCCCAAGUCUGGUGAUGGAUUGAGGAGGAGGAAGAGAGACUGGGUUGUUCCUGACAUCAAUGUUCCUGAAAAUCUCAGAGGACCCUAUCCUCUUAAAGUAUCUCAGAUCCGUUCUAAUGAAGAUGGAGUGAAGACGAUAUAUUACAGCAUCACUGGUCCAGGAGCUGAUGAGCCUCCCCUUGGCCUUUUCACAAUGGACAGGCUCACUGGUACUUUGUAUGUGACACAGCCUCUGGACAGAGAGAAGGUGGGAAGGUACACGACCUCAGACCAUCAGAGAGCACCUCCCGCUGUACCAGGGGGUUUAAUCAGCGCAGCAUUGAGAGCUGAUGGUGGGAGAAAUACUGACACAUGGAGAAGAGCCACAGGGAGACUGACACACAGAAACUGAAAGAUGCAUGAAGAAGAGUAACAGAGAGGAGCCAGAGAGUGGAGCUGAGCUGAUCUGCCACCUGGAAAGGUUAUGUGUCGGACAAGUAAUGCACAGCUCCAGUUAGUAACGGCGCUAGUUCAAAUGGCAAAGGAGUUUUUAAUGAUGCAACAGAAGCAUGCGGUGGAGAGCAGGCGGCAGUGGGAGGCCCUCCAGGCACAAGCGGAGAGUCGGACCCAGCUGCUGGAACAUUUCCUGGCCCGGUCGGGGUCUGUGUCGGGAUCGCCCCUCAUCCUCCUUCAUCGGCAUCUCCCUUCACAAGAUGACACCGGUGGGGAAAUCCCGGGCGGCAGGACAACAGUGGGGACAUGUGGCUGGAAGAGGCCUGCCCCUUUACACCGUUCGGCGGUGACUGCA